AUGGUGGACAGUGUUUUAACACGGACUUCAGGAACUCCUAAUAUUUUGUAUAUAAGGGCGACUAGACGUUCUUCAACGACCGUGUUCAGCUGCAAGAAUUAAAAGCUCGCAAUCUUCCUUCACUUAAAGAUACACGGCGCGGUUUGACAAUCCACACCAACUGCAGGGACGACAUCGGCGUCGGAUAAACAGCACCACUUGACGAUUACAAUUCACCUUUGAUAACUCAUUUGUGAUAGAAUUAUAUUUGUUAUAUAUGAUUAAUUAGAAUUAUAGUAUAGAAGUAUAGUUGUCCUAGCAAACAAGAUAACGUCAAAUAACGUAUUAUUGACGUAUUAAUGACGUCAAAAAUACGUUAUUAAGACAUCAUUUGACGUCAUCUUGUUUGCUGGGAUAUGUAGGUAUAUAUCAUACACAUAUGUUACCAAACUUUCUUUGGACACACACAUGAAAUUAUAGGUAGAAUUUUACCAUGAGUUCUGUGGCAAGUUACAUAAUUAUCCAAAACAUUUUGAGUGCACGUGUUGUAAAGACAAUGCAGUUAACGAUGUCAAAGACGAAAUUUAAUAAGGAAGCAUUGCACCAAAUGUUACUAGAAGAGGACAAAUUUAUUGCGGAUAUUUGUUCUAUAAUGCCGUUGCCAAUGCACGAAUUAGAGAAGCAAAACUGUCUACCCAUGGAAGAUGAGAAAUCAGCAAAACAAGUCAAGAUGGUUACAGUGCCAAGUAAAAAAGUGGAAAGGGCAAAAACCUUUGUAGAAUUAAACACAAAGCUGGAGAAGUUGAAAGGUGUUAAAAAAUUGGAUUAUAAGCAGAAACUUCUUAAAAAGAAAUUGAAGAAAAAGAUCAAUAAAAAGGCUAAAAGAGAAGAACGUAUGCUACAAAAGAAACUUGCUAGGACUGAACAGAAUGCUGCUGGUUCUAAUCAAAUAGAUAUCACCGACAAAGAAGCACCAAAAGUUCCAAAGCCAAAACCAGUAUUCAAUUCAGAAGGUAAAAUGGUAUUCAGUAAGUUUGACUUCUCUGAGAUUGGCAUGAAGAAGAAAUUGCCCAAAAGUGAAAAUAAUCCUAAAAAGAUUUUGCAACAGUUGGAAGAAAAAAAAGAAAAACUGAAGCAACUAGAGGAGUCUGGCGAUAAGGAAAAAGCAGAAGAAAUUAAGGAAAAAGAUGCGUGGAAAGUUGCAUUGGCAAAAGUAAAUGGUGAAAAAGUUAAAGAUGAUCCAGAAUUGUUGAAACGUAGUAUAAAACGAAAAGAACACAAAAAGAAACACAGUGCAAAAAAAUGGGAUACCAGGAUAGAGAAUGUGCAGAAAUCCAAGCAAGAGAGGCAAGAUAAACGAAGAGAAAAUGUCAUGAAGAGGAAAAAAGACAAGAAACUGAACAAAUUAAAGAAAGCAGCGAAGAAAGGGCGUGUGAUACCUGGAUUUUAAAGACUAACUUUUUUAUGUUACUAUAGCUUGUACGACAGACUCUGUGUGAUACGUCAAUGACGUUUUCCUUUUUUUAUUAGUAUACAAAGCACACAUAUGUGCCAAACCAACAAAAAUUGGAAAAUACAUGUACAGAACUGAUGUUUAUUAAGUUUCUGUUUAAUAUGAAUAUAUAUAUAUAUAUAUAUAUAUAUAUAUAUA